UCGGUACUCACUUUCGCCUUCAGUGGUGCCAGGGCUCAGGAGGCGCUCCGAGCACACAGGAUAUACACGACCCAGUGCCGCCGCGUCCGUGAUGGAAGGGCCGCUCUGGAGGCACCCACUCUGCGCCGCCCUCUUGCUCCUAGUGGCGGGAGCGGCGGGGCUUGUGUCCUCCGACUCUAGCGACGUCGUGCAGGACGUUUCCGACAUAGGCAUCGACACUGCGUCUUCAUCCUCUGAAGUCGGAGUGAGGGACGCUCUGGACGAUGUGGUGGUGGAGGGCGCCAUCAGGCUCUCCAGGGUACGGAGAGCGGGCUCGCUGGCAGGAGGCACGCCUGGCGAAGACUUCCCCGUCUUCAACUCCAUCCCGAGAACGAACUUCAACUGCGUGGACAAGGGCCUCGGCUACUACGCUGACGUGGACACCGGCUGCCAGGUGUUCCACGUCUGCCACGCCGACGGCCGCAUGAACAGCUUCCUGUGCCCCAACACCACCGUCUUCAACCAGAAGCGGCUCGUGUGUGACUGGUGGUACAACGUGGACUGUGGAGUCUCUUCGCAACACUUCAGCGUCAACGAUGAAAUAGGAAAGGUGACCCCAGCACCCGCCAGGACCAGCGUCUCAGCAGACUUCGGCCGAGUCACUCCGGCGCAGGCUUUUGCCACGCCCUCACCGACUUUUCGCGGCUCCGGAUUUACUCUCAUAACACAAAAUAACUUCAGGGGGACUGUGAGUGAACCUACCCGUCCCCCAUCUCCUCCUCCUCCACCACCACCCCGCCCUUCCCCUCCUCCAUCCCCACGCCCUCCACCACCUCCAUCCUCACGCCCUCCACCACCUCCAUCCUCACGCCCGACUAUUCUUCCACCUCCUCCAUCUCACCGUCCGUCUCUUCCUCCACCUCCUCCUCCAUCCCCACGCCCGACUCUUCCUCCUCCUCCUCCUCCUCCUCCAUCCCCACGACCUUCUCCUCGCCCCUCACCUCAACCACCGAGCGGAGGAAGUCAGUUACCAACCACUUUUAGGCCAAAUUCGUUUUCACGGACUCCUGCAAGGGUGUCAGUGACUCGCCGACCCGUGCUGCCCACCCUCGCCCCGGCGCGACCCCUCAACAGGGCGCCAGCAGACGGUGUGACCCUCCUCCUCAGCGGCAUCCAAAGCUCCCAGACGCCCGCCAAUGUGGCUGACGCGAGACAGACUAGCCAAGGAGUUCCUUUGCCAGCAUUCUCUGGAAGUAGAGGUUCCACAGACAGAGGGACGCAGACUUUCACCGGCACGGGAGCUAACCAGGGAUUCCAGACCAUUCCUGCAACGAGUGCACCUCAGAGCGGUAGAAGAGUUACAGGUGUCAGCAUCGGUCAGCCUGCAGUUACACCUUCCAGAGGUACAACCACGUUUGGGAAUCGAAUUACCCAGACUCCUUCGACAUUCCAGUCAGGAGGCGUCCCUCUGCCCACCCAAAGCGGCAGGGGAAGCUCAUCCAGUUCCGGAUCAUUCCAGUCAGGAGGCGUCCCUCUGCCCACCCAAAGCGGCAGGGGAAGCUCAUCCAGUUCCGGAUCAUUCCAAUCAGGAGGCGUCCCUCUGCCCACCCAAAGCGGCAGGGAAGCUCAUCCAGUUCCGGAUCAUUCCAGUCAGGAGGCGUCCCUCUGCCCACCCAAAGCGGCAGGGGAAGCUCAUCCAGUUCCGGAUCAUUCCAAUCAGGAGGCGUUCCUCUGCCCACCCAAAGCGGCAGGGGAAGCUCAUCCAGUUCCGGAUCAUUCCAAUCAGGAGGCGUCCCUCUGCCCACCCAAAGCGGCAGGGGAAGCUCAUCCAGUUCCGGAUCAUUCCAAUCAGGAGGCGUUCCUCUGCCCACCCAAAGCGGCAGGGGAAGCCCGUCCAGUUCCGGAUCAUUCCAAUCAGGAGGCGUUCCUCUGCCCACCCAAAGCGGCAGGGGAAGCCCGUCCAGUUCCGGAUCAUUCCAAUCAGGAGGCGUCCCUCUGCCCACACUAAGUGGCAGGGGAAGCU